AUGUCCGGUCGAUUAGCGGGUCUAACGAUCUCUCAAGAAGUUUGCUAUCUUAAGAUAUUAGGUCCGGAAAUCUGCUUAGUAUUAGCUUUUUCUCAACGAUCAUCCCAUACAAUGCCGAACCAAACGGAACAAGUGAACGACGCCGCCGACCAGACUCAGGCCACCCAACAGACAACCCCAGUGCCCAAAAAGGCCGGAGCGGUGCCCACGAAGCCGGUCGAGGGUCAGGAGCACUGUGCCGGUGACAAGGCCUGCGAAAAACAGUGUGCCGGACAUACCGGUGCCAACGGCCAGUCACAAGCUGAACAACAGUCGUAA